ACGCCAUUUUGUCGCGGCCCGUGACGCCAUCUUGUGGCGCUCGGUGACGCCGUCUCGCCGCGCCGCCAUGGCGCUGUUCUCCAUCACCAGGUACGCCGCGGAGGAGGAGGAAGAGGAGGAGGCCGGGGCCGAGGCGCAGGAGCGGGCCCGGGUCCUGCUGGAGCGGCUGCGCGAGCAGGCGAGGGCCCGGCAGCUGAGGCGGCAGCGGGAGGAGAGGCCCCGGGGAGCCGGCGGGGAGCCCGCAGCGGGCGGCGAGGCGCCGAGCCCGGGGAGCGAGGAGCGGGGAAGACCGCGGGGGGAGCGACGGGCGGCCGCGGAGCGGGCAGCAGGCGGCAGCGCUGCGCCGGGCGGCGGGGAGGAGGAGGAGGACGGAGGAGCAGCGCCCGCCGAGGGACAUGGAGCAGGCAGUGAUUCUGAGGAAGACGUUAAACAACAGGAAGACAAAAGAAAUCUUAAAAACAAAUCUAAAAGGAAGAAGAGGGAUGAGGAGACUAAGGGAGCUGAAAAAAAGAAAGCGCGCAGUGAAGGAGCUGAAGGAAACCAAAGCACAAAGGAGGAGCUGCCCUUAGCAGCCUCAAGGGAAGAAGCAACUCCGCCACCUUCCAGCUUGGUGGUUCUCGGAGAUUAUGACAGAAAGCCCAUGCAGAAGGUUCAGCCCUUUUUACCACAGUGGCUUGCUCAACCGAAAUUACUGCAAAAACGUAUCAAAGAGAACCUGAUCCCAGUCGGGGAUGUCCCAGGAAUUCAUCCCAAGCUAUUGAAAAAGCUGCAAAUGAAUGGGAUAGAGUCCUUUUUUCCAGUUCAGGCAGAGGUGAUUCCUGCUAUUCUGCAGAGUGCGUCCAAUGGGUAUUUGAUGGGGCAGGGAGGAUACCGCCCCAAAGACAUCUGUGUCUCGGCACCUACUGGCAGUGGUAAAACCCUGUCUUUUGUCAUACCAAUAAUACAGGUUCUGCUAGAUCGAGUAGUUUGCCAAGUACGAGCUCUGGUUGUUCUGCCCACCAAGGAACUGGCACAACAGGUGAGUAAAGUGUUCAACAUUUACACUGAUGGGACAGGUCUGAAGGUCGUUUUGAUUACUGGCCAGAAAUCUUUUGCAAAGGAACAGGAGAUGCUCAUCCAGAAAAAAGUGACAGGCUACUGCAGCCUUGCUGAUAUCAUUGUGGCUACGCCGGGGCGGCUCGCAGAUCACAUUAGCAAGACCCCGGGGUUCAACCUGACGCAGCUUCGCUUCCUGAUCAUAGAUGAAGCUGACCGUAUGAUUGAUGACAUGCACCAGAAUUGGCUGAACCAAGUUGUCAAAGCUGCAUUCCAAGUAGAAAAUGACUCUGGCUCUAAUAGGCUUUUCCAGAGGACCAAACCAGGGCCUGUAACAGCAGCAAGCUGCUGCUAUCCUCAGAUACCUUUACAGAAACUGCUGUUUUCAGCCACGCUGACCCAGGACCCAGAGAAACUGCAGCAGUUGGGCUUGUUCCAGCCUCGCCUCUUCACAUCUGUAUAUUCUGAGAAAAAAACACUCAGAGAUGGAACAGAGACUGAACAAGAUGCUGAAGAGAAAUACACACUCCCUGAGGGGCUAUCGCAAUGUUACGUGCCUUGUGACCUGAAUUCCAAGCCUUUGCUCCUCUUGCACUUCAUGCUGACAAUGAAGUUUACCCGGGUGUUGUGUUUUACCAACUCCAGGGAGGCGUCCCACAGAUUGUUCCUGCUGGUUCAGGCCUUCGGUGGAAUCACUGUGGCUGAAUUUUCUUCCCGGUUACCCCCCAAUGAGAGACAGAGAACCAUGAAAGAAUUUGAACAAGGAAAGAUACAACUGUUAAUCAGCACAGAUGCCACUGCUCGAGGGAUUGACAUUAAAGGAGUGAAUUGUGUGAUAAACUAUGAUGCACCUCAGUUCAUCAGGACAUACAUUCACCGGGUUGGAAGAACAGCUCGUGCAGGAAAAGUUGGCUUAGCUUUCAGCAUGGUCCUUAGAAUUCAGGAACGCAGGUUUCUGCGGAUGUUGAAAGAUGCUGGCAUCCUGGACAUAAAGAAGCACUUGGUGAAGGGCAAGUUAUUAAAGCCGUUGGUGCAGCAAUAUGAGGAAGCUCUGUCUAAGCUUGAGAAGGCAGUCAAGGGUGAGCAAGCACAGAAACGAGCCUGAAUGAAUGCAAGCAGAGGAGGUUGUUUCAUCGCGCUGAAGCUGCUGAGCUGGACUAUACUACAUAGCACCGUAACACAGAGAUACAGUUCCUGAGCUCAAGGGUUGUCUCCUCUAGUUUAUCAUAUCUUAAGUCAGCUAUUACAGUCCUUGUUUCCCUUUCAAGGACACAGGUAACACAGUUCAUUUACUGGUUUUCAAAAAAGAAAAAAAUGCAUUAAAAAGGACUUUGCAUCAUACCCUACUGGCAUAUGUAAAACCAGCGAAGAGCUCGACACUGUUCGGAAGCUUGUGCCUGAGGGAACUGCUCGUCACCAAAGGUCUGGGCUGUGCCCUUCUUGCCUCUGAACUGGGCCAGGUCAUGGUUCUGCUGUACUGUGCAAGGAGCGGUAUCUGCAAGUGCAUAAAAGCAUAAAAACCUGUGCAGUGUCUAUAACAGAAUACCGUUUGAAGAGCUGUUCUAGGCUGAAGGGCCUGGAACUUUUAAAUAAAUACUAUAUAUAAAU